UUCUAGAAACACAUCCCAGUCUCCCCUGCGCUUCCAAUAUGGAAGAGUUGACGGUCGAAGUGCGCGGCUCCAAUGGAGCAUUUUACAAGGCAUUUGUAAAAGAUGUGUUUGAAGAUUCACUUGCAGUUACUUUUGAGAACAAUUGGCAACCAGCACGUCGGAUUCCUUUCUGUGAUGUGCGAUUACCACCCCCUUCUGAUCUCAAAAAAGAGAUUAGCGAAGGCGAUGAGGUUGAGGUUUAUUCUCGAGCAAAUGAACAAGAGCCAUGUGGAUGGUGGCUUGCCAGAGUUCGGAUGAUGAAAGGCGAUUUUUAUGUAAUUGAAUAUGCUGCCUGUGAUGCAACGUACAAUGAAAUUGUUACUUUUGAGCGUUUACGGCCGAUGAACCCAAACAAGACAGUUACGAAGAAUACUUUCUUCAAGUGCACAAUUGAUGUCCCUGAUGACUUAAGAGAAGCCUGUGCACAUGAAAAUGCACAUAAGGACUUUAAGAAGGCAACUGAAGCAGAUUGCAUUUUCUACAGUGCUGACACUGGUCAAUUGUUGGUUUUGUCUACCAAAGAGGCCACAGUGAAAAGAGUCAGUAUUCUUAGUGACAUGCACUUACGAAGUAUUCGCACAAAGCUCAUGCUUGUGUCCAGGAAUGAAGAAGCAACAAAACAUUUGGAGAGUACCAAGCAGCUCGCAGCUGCUUUCCAAGAGGAAUUCACGGUCAGAGAAGAUCUCAUGGGUCUGGCAAUUGGAACCCAUGGUUCCAACAUUCAGCAAGCAAGAAAAGUUCCUGGUGUCACAGCAAUCGAGCUUGAUGAAGAAACUGGCACGUUUAGGAUUUAUGGAGAGACUGAAGAGGCAGUUCAAAAGGCUCGAAGUUACCUGGAGUUUGUGGAGGAUUCCGUUCAAGUUCCCAGAGAUUUAGUAGGAAAAGUUAUUGGCAAAAAUGGUAAGGUCAUUCAGGAGAUUGUGGAUAAGUCUGGAGUAGUAAGAGUACGAAUUGAAGGUGAUAACGACAGCAGACAACCUAGAGAAGAGGGAAUGGUCCCUUUCACAUUUGUUGGAACAAAGGAAAGUAUCGGGAAUGUGCAGGUUCUUUUGGAGUACCACAUAUCUUAUUUGAAGGAAGUAGAACAACUGAGACUGGACCGUUUGCAAAUUGAUGAGCAACUUCGACAGAUUGGUAUGGGAUAUCGGCCAGUGACAAGUCGGCCAGAGAAAGAUAAGGGCUAUAUUACAGACGAGAGUACUGCUUCCUCAGUUCAUGCCAGCAGAUCAUAUCGUGGCCGUGGUCGUCGAGGGCCAAAUUAUACGUCUGGUUAUGGUACAAAUUCAGAAUUAUCAAAUGCUUCAGAGACUGAAUCUGAAAAAAGGGAUGAAUUAAGUGAUUGGUCACAGACUGCUGAAGAUGACCGGGAUGCAAGACCAUAUCGUGAUAGUCGAAGGCGGCCUGGAACAGGGAGAGGGCGAGGUGGAGGACAGUCCAACAGAGGUCGUGGGGGAUCAAGAGGUGGAAAUUCAUCCAUUAGCUCAGUGUUUAGAGAUCCAGAUAGCAAUCCUUACAGUUUGCUAGACAACACAGAAACGGAUCAAACAGCAGACACUGAUGGUAGUGAGUCUCACAGCAGCACAAAUCGCCGCAGGAGAUCACGUAGGCGUAGGACGGAUGAUGAUGCCACUAUGAUUGAUGGAAUGACAGAAUCUGACAGUGCUUCAGUGAAUGAGAAUGGUUUAGAUGAUAAUGAACGAAAACCACAGCGGCGUAAUCGUAGCCGCAGGCGUCGUUUACGUGGUCAAAUUGAAAGCUCAUUGAGCAGAGACAGCCAGCCAGUAACUGUAGCUGAUUACAUAUCUCGAGCGGAAUCACAGAGCCGACAACGGGUCCAGCCGAAAGAGAAUCUUGCAUCCAGCAAAAAUGCAACUACGUUGCAGGUGCAAGAGGAUACGAUUGAUGAACAUUUUCCUGCUAUCAAGACGGUUAAUGGAAUGAACAGUGUACCUGGUGAUGAAGCUCAUACACACAAGGUUUCGAAGGAAAGCCAACAAAGAGAUUACCAAGGAAAUGGAACUAAAGUUGUGGUGAAUGGUGUUUCUUAAACAUUAUCCACUAUCGUCCAGUUCUGCAUAAAUUGUGUUUUCUAAUAGUGCUUGUAAAAGCUUGCCAAAGAUAGAAUAAGGACUGCCAGACUUUACGGCGCACUUUUUUUCUAGUUCCUCCGUACUGGAAUGGAGAUCAGAGGGUUCUUGAAUAAAACACUUGUAUAAAUUUGUUUUUCACCUAGUUAAGUUCUCAAUACAUUAAUCAGAUAUUGUGCCUUCAGACAAUAGAUGCAAAAUUAAAAGAACUAGCUGGUUGUAGGAAAAUGUUUUGAAAUGUUUAAAAUAAAUUUCAGAUUAUUCUGAAGAUGGAGAUCAUUGACAUUUACUGUAAUACUGGAUAAAAGCAUUGGCUGCUUUUUGUCAAGUUCUCCAAUAUGCAACCACUUCUGAGGAAAACAAUAGAAAAUGCAGUUUCAAAAUUUUGCACUGAAUUGUAAAUUUUACAUUUGGUAUGCUAGGUGAUACUAGUCUGGAAACUGGUCAAUUUUACUAAAUCUCUGUAGGUUUUUUAAUACUGUAUGUAGAAAAAUUGCAGACCACUGGAGAAUACUCGUUUGCAUCUAUACAUCUGCAGGGACAUUGGGAUGAGAUUGGCAGUGACUGUUUACAAAGGGGCUUGUUUGGUUUAUUUAUUAAAUGUACAGUAUUUAAAAAUCAAGCAAUGCUUUGGAUGUUACACUAAACUGGUUGUAGAUGUCAUUGCCAAAAUAAUCCAACUAUUGUAAGAUUAAGUUCCAGAGAAACGAUUUUCCAUGUAAACUACAUUUGUUAGAGUCCUUAGAGUAUUUUUAUUUUCCGUUUUGAUUGGUUGA